GUCAUCUAGUCCCUCCCAGCUUUCCCUUCUCAUUUCUUAAAAUUGUCUUUUAAUUAGAUCUCUUUCUCUCUGUCGCUCGCUCUCUCGCUCUCUGUGAAACGAAACGCCAUGGCGUUUCGGAGAUCUUUCGCCGGCCGUACACUCGCGAUCUCUGCGCUCCUUCUAGUUCUGAUCCAUGCCGGCCACUGCUUCUAUCUCCCCGGCGUCGCUCCCGAGGACUUCCAGAAGGGUGAUACUCUGAAAGUGAAAGUGAACAAAUUGACCUCUACAAAGACUCAACUUCCUUACUCAUAUUAUUCUCUUCCUUAUUCUCGGCCUGAAAAGAUAGUGGACAGUGCAGAGAAUCUUGGGGAAGUACUUCGAGGUGAUCGUAUUGAAAACUCCCCCUAUGUGUUCAAAAUGCGAGAACCACAAAUGUGCAAUGUUGUUGAGCGGGUUAUACUUGAUGCCAAAUCGGCAAAGGAGUUUAAAGAGAAGAUCAAUGAUGAGUAUCGGGUCAAUAUGAUCCUUGAUAAUCUCCCGCUGGUUGUUUCCACACGAAGGGUGGAUCAGGAAUCUCCUACUGUUUAUCAGCUUGGCUUUGUUGUUGGGCUCAAAGGCCAAUUUGCUGGGAGCAAGGGUGAAAAGUAUUUUAUCCACAACCACUUGGCAUUUACUGUGAAGUUUCAUAGAGAUUUGCAAACCGACUCUGCAAGAAUUGUGGGUUUUGAGGUUAAACCAUUUAGUGUUAAACAUGAAUAUGAAGGGAAGUGGGAUGGGAAGAAUCGUUUAACAACCUGUGAUCCUCAUGCAAAACACGCAGUUGUUAAUUCCAACUCCCCUCAAGAGGUUGAAGAGAAAAAAGAGAUUAUAUUCACUUAUGAUGUUGAUUUCGAGGAGAGUGAUGUGAAGUGGGCAUCUAGAUGGGAUGCCUAUCUUCUAAUGAGCGAUGACCAGAUUCACUGGUUCUCAAUUGUCAAUUCUUUGAUGAUUGUUCUCUUUCUCUCGGGCAUGGUGGCAAUGAUAAUGCUACGAACACUUUACCGUGACAUCUCCAAGUACAAUGAGCUUGAGACCCAAGAAGAAGCCCAAGAAGAGACGGGAUGGAAGCUCGUGCAUGGGGAUGUCUUCAGGACCCCAAAUAAUUCAGACCUGCUCUGUGUCUAUGUUGGAACUGGUGUUCAGUUUUUCGGGAUGAUACUGGUGACCAUGAUUUUUGCCAUCCUUGGCUUCCUUUCCCCCUCUAACCGGGGUGGUCUCAUGACAGCCAUGCUCUUGCUUUGGGUCUUCAUGGGUCUUUUUGCUGGUUACACCUCUGCCCGUUUAUACAAGAUGUUUAAAGGGACAGAAUGGAAGAGAAUUGCUUUCAGGACGGCAGUAAUGUUCCCGGCGAUCGUCUCCGCCAUUUUCUUUGUCUUAAAUGCUCUCAUAUGGGGACAGAAGUCAUCUGGGGCUGUGCCAUUUGGUACCAUGUUUGCUCUGAUCUUCUUAUGGUUUGGGAUUUCAGUCCCACUUGUGUUUGUAGGUGGCUAUGUUGGGUUCAAGAAACCAGCAAUCGAGGAUCCCGUGAAGACAAAUAAAAUCCCGAGGCAGAUUCCUGAGCAGGCCUGGUAUAUGAACCCAGCAUUUUCAAUUUUGAUUGGAGGAAUACUCCCAUUUGGAGCAGUUUUCAUCGAACUUUUCUUCAUCCUUACGUCAAUCUGGCUGAAUCAGUUCUACUACAUCUUCGGUUUUCUCUUCUUGGUCUUCACCAUCCUCAUUGUGACUUGCGCUGAAAUAACCGUCGUGCUCUGCUACUUCCAACUGUGCAGUGAGGACUAUCUGUGGUGGUGGAGGUCAUACCUUACAUCAGGCUCUUCUGCACUGUACCUUUUCCUCUAUGCAACAUUCUACUUCUUCACUAAGCUUGAAAUCACAAAGCUGGUCUCCGCGAUAUUUUACUUUGGAUACAUGCUAAUUGCCUCGUAUGCAUUUUUUGUUCUAACCGGUACCAUUGGAUUUUAUGCAUGCUUUUUGUUCACAAGGCUCAUCUACUCGUCAGUGAAGAUUGACUAAUAAGUGUGAUCAGGUUUGUUCGAUGGUCAUUUUCUUUAAAAGGCUGCAAAAAAAACUUGUCUUUGUAAGAUUUACAAUUAAGGUACGAUUUUCCCUUCCAGAUGUUACACUGCUCAAUUUUGAAUUGCGAGGAGGAAGGGCAUGACUUGGUUGUUAUAGUAGCUUUUUAUUUGUUUAAUUUUUAAAGAAGAUUCUCCUA